GAAGCAUGCGCCUUGUCAUAUUCAGUCAUUGAAUGGUCAAAGAUUCAUAAAUUUACAAAAAUCAUAUAAAUAGGGCCAACGCUCAAGUGCUGAACUGUGAUAAGUUUAUUCUAAGGUUGUAGUGAGUAAUCUAAUGUGCAUAUAAGUGAAAAAGUACAGUAUCAAGAUGCUUAUCAAAGAAUAUCGUGUUACCCUCCCAUUAACAGUUGAAGAGUAUCAAGUCGCACAGUUGUACUGCGUGGCGGAGGUGUCCAAAAAUGAAACCGGCGGCGGCGAAGGAAUAGAAGUUAUAAAGAAUGAACCAUUCAAGGACUACCCUCUUCUCGGGGGGAAAUAUUCAUCUGGGCAAUACACGUAUAAGAUCUACCAUUUGGCGUCAAAGGUGCCCGCAUUCAUCAGGCUACUUGCGCCCAAGGGAUCCCUGGAGGUGCACGAAGAAGCAUGGAACGCCUACCCAUACUGCCGAACCGUUCUUACGAAUCCCGGAUACAUGAAGGAGAACUUCGUAAUCUGCAUAGAAUCCCUGCAUUUACCCGACGCCGGUGACCAAUACAAUGUACAUGAACUGCCGCCGGAGAAGCUAAAAACGCGCGAAGUUGUGAACAUCGACAUCGCGAACGAUCCCAUGUCGCAGGCGGACUACAAGCCGGAGACGGACCCGACCAAGUUCAAGUCGAGCAAAACGGGCCGCGGGCCGCUGGUCGGGCCCAACUGGAAGGGCGAAGUGAAGCCGGUCAUGACGUGCUACAAGCUCGUCACUGCGGAGUUCAAGUGGUUCGGACUACAGAGCAAAGUUGAGAAUGUGAUCCAGAAGUCGGAGCGACGGUUGUUCACUAUCUUCCAUAGACAAGUAUUCUGUUCCAUGGACGACUGGUACGGCAUGACAAUGGCGGACAUCCGCGCCAUCGAAGACCGCACUAAAGAGGAAUUGGAGAAAUUGCGUCGCGAAGGUGAAGUGCGCGGAAUGCGCGCUGACAACGAGUAAACGCGCGAAACGUGCCACGGAUCUCUCGCUGUGAAGUUGGCUGCGAGUUGGACACACACUGGUCCCAUAUACGCGGCAACUUCAUAUCGAACGUGGCCAAGUCUCCGCGUGUCCUCGCGGCAACUUCACACCAAAUGUGGCGUGCAGCGUGCGCGUGUCGUACUCGCAGCAGCUUCACGGCAAAUGUGGCGGUAUACACGCGUUUGUGAAUAUUGGGAGAGUCCUGAAUGCAACAGUAUUGUCAGUUGUUGAAAUCGCUUUGUGUACGUCAGUUUUUUUUUUAUUAUAGAAAAAUUGUUUUGAAAUAAUAGUUGUCAGCAAUAAUUGAUAAAUUUCAAAAUAAAUAUAUUUCCUUACAAUGUUUAUGUUUUAUGUUCACAAAACGAGAUUUUAAAGUUUAAAUGGUCUGACAUAAGCUCGCAUCGGUGAGAGUUGUGAUUGGUGUUGUGGAAGAGAAAACGCGCAAAGUUUGGACUCCGUGUAUUCACUUAUGUGCUGUAUUCACAUGCGUGAAGAAACAUUGAGCGCAUGAAAAAUAUUAUCACAAUUAAUUUAAAUAUGUAUAAUAGCAAUUUUUUUCAUCAACUGUCUAGAAUUGAAAUUAUAAAAAUAAUAAAAUUACUUAAAUAUAAUAUAAUGCAACACUGAUGUUUGCUUGUCAAUACUUCGCGCUCAAUAUUUCCCGCGCUCGCACAAUGCCCAAGUCUCGAGUGAGAUUGUAUUAAUUGUAAUGAAACGACUGCUGGCAGUCUUUAGCUAAUUAUUUAUUAUGACAUAUUAAUUAUUUAGUAAAAUAUUACAUAAUAUUAAUUGUUUCACUUAAAUAUAUUUUAUGUAAUAUCUAUACGUUCCGUUGCUACUAUUUUCAUACGAAUGUUAUGUAUGAAUCUGACAAUAGUCGAAAAAAACCUAAUAUGAACAAUCUCACUGAAUCUUGGGCAUACAUUACCAUUUAGCGAAAUAAUUUCAUUGAAAUGUGGUAUAGAUACUAUUUAAUUGAAUAAAUAAGUCAAUGUAGUCAGUGGUUAUAGGUAGUGUCGACGUUACCGAAAUAAAACUAUUCGAGUUACAUUUUUUGGAGAAAUACUUAUUAGCAACGAGAUUUUGUGAGAGUAUAUAAGCGGCAUUUAGGUCAGAUUUUAAAUAUUUCGCUGUUUAAGUAAUAAAUACUUCUAUGUAUAAACUUCCUGAGUAGGCGGGCAUUUGGCUGUUGUGUAUAAUACGAUAGAUAUUCGAAAGUAAUUUUGCGUAUUAGUCACAUAGUUCCGACUCGAGAAAUGUUAAAGGUAUAUAAAUGUCGGUGCAAUAUUUUUUGUCAGUAGCAAAUUAUUAUGGGAAUUUUGAAAUUAUUGUCUUACGAGGUGUCGCAAGGUUUAAUACAUAAAUGGUUGACGGUAAUUCUGGGACUACUAACUCGGGCUACGGUUAGCAUCGACCUCGAAACGGGCGCAUGAUGUAUAUUUAUAUAAUUAAGUUUGUUAUUUAACAAAUCAGUAUUUUGAAUAUGUGUGACAUUCCAGAUUCCGAUUGAUUAUUUUUGUGGGCAUAUAUUGUUUCGCUGUUCUACUGUUCGAUAGCUCUCUGUAUGAGACCCGGCUUCAUACACAAUAUAAUUGACACCUGAAACGAAACGUUCAUAGUUGCAUACAUUGCUAAGUAAUUAUACAAAAAAAUGUCGAAAAAUGUCUAAAAAUCAAGUAUUUCGUUUGUGAAGUUUGGUCUCAGUUAUAUGCAAUAAUGUGUGUACACGUAGAAACGCGUAGCGGUAACGAAAACAGUAUGUGCAAUUUGUAUUAAAAUUGUUUUACUAUGAUUUGAAAUGAAGUGAAAUUUUAAUGUUCCUUACAUUUGAAGGUUACACGAGAAACUUAGUUAACAGUGGUUCAGAGCUCUUAGGGCUGUGAUAGUUAUUAAACGUUUACAAUGGUUCUAUUCAAUAUAAGUUAUUUAAAGUCACACAAGUUCACGAGAGCUCUGAUUUUUGAUUGCUUAAUAUUGCACUUUACUUUUUAUUAUUUUUUUAUAAUCUAAGUUGUAAUAAGUUUUACAUUAAAUACAGCGUGAGAUAUGUAUUUGAAUGUAGUCUUUUAUUGAUAGUUACUACUUACUAGAGCCAAUGCUACUCCGCUUUCGCCUCCGGAUGAACGCAAAUUCGUUCUUGCGUACUUAAUUUUCUUCAACUCUAGUACAAUUCGCUUGCUGCACAUUCGAUAAUUAUCACAGCUCAUGAUAUGCAUAAUAAUAAACAAAUUUUAUGUUUCCUUCAUCUCAAUUUAAACGUUGUUAUUAAUUAUUUAAAUCUGUCACAGUUGUUGCAGUUACCAAUAAAUUUUUACACAUUUUC